GCAGUGAUGCUUAUAUUUGGCACUCUUUACCCUGCAUAUUAUUCUUACAAAGCCGUGAAAUCAAAGGACAUCAAAGAAUAUGUCAAAUGGAUGAUGUACUGGAUCAUAUUCGCCCUCUUCACGACAGCAGAGACAUUCACGGACAUCUUUCUUUGCUGGUUUCCAUUCUACUACGAACUCAAAAUAGCUUUUGUAGCUUGGCUGCUGUCUCCAUACACAAAAGGCUCCAGCCUCCUGUACAGGAAAUUUGUUCAUCCAACGCUGUCUUCAAAAGAAAAGGAGAUUGAUGACUGCCUCGUCCAGGCAAAAGACCGGAGCUACGAUGCCCUUGUGCACUUUGGGAAGCGGGGGCUGAAUGUCGCAGCCACAGCAGCCGUCAUGGCAGGUUCAAAGGGACAGGGAGCCCUGUCUGAGAGACUAAGGAGCUUUAGCAUGCAGGAUCUCUCGACGAUUCGUGGAGACAGCAGCAGCACUGUUCCUCCUUCAGUCACUGUACGAACAAGUAGCAAACAGAGCCAGCCAAAAACAUCCAGAAGUGCAUCGGAAGGCACUGGUGGCUCAGUGUGCACGUGUUGCUCGGUAUGCCGACUCCUCAGAGGUGUGGACAAUAAGUAUGAAAAGCCACCUGAAGCAAACUGUGAAACAAAAGGCUCUGUGUUCUCAGAUGAUGAAGAGAACGAUUCAUUGGAUUGUGCAUCCAUGAACAAAAGGCCCAAAAAGAAGGAUCAACCCCUUGAGGGCCAAGACCUGCUUCUCCACUACUUCAUGCCUGGAAUGGCAUCAUUGCCGCAGAGGUACCACAAAGAUAGGCACCGCCUAGGAUCCUUAGACCUCGCUUCAGGAAGAAAAGUACCUCGUCCUCUGCCACUGAAACAAUUAAAUCAUGUGUAUUCUGAGAAAAUCAUUGAGCUAAAAACCAUAAAGACAGAACCACUUACAGAGGAUGAGGAAGAGACGUGCAAGAGAAAAGUGGUUUCAACGAUGUAA